CCUGCCCCCAGCCUCAGGUUAAUGAUGAACGACCUGCCGACAGCAGACAGCAGCAGCCGCCGGAGAGUCCGCCUUUCAGCCGCACUUCCUGCUGUCUCUACAGGGUAACCGCUUCAGACACUACUCUUCCACGCGGGACUCAUGUUUUAGUGGCGGGAAAUCUACUGACCCGCGCGGAGCUUCUCCCCCCCCCCCCCCCCCCCACUCCCGCUGAAGUGUCGCCUGAGGCGGGUCGGACGCAGCGGGACCCGGGGGCCGGCGGGGCUCGGCGGGGCUGGGCUCCGGGACAUGGACCGCCACCGGUACUUCAUCUUCAACCAGAAGGGCGUGCUGAGCCUGGGCAUCGUGCAGCUGGCCUGCGCCUCCAUCUGCGUCAUCUGCGGCUUCAUGGACGCCGCUUUCCGGAAGAACACCCCGCUGAGCAGCACCAGGACGCCGGUGUGGGGGGGCCUGCUCAUGGCCUCUCCGGCGGUUUUGAGCUUAUUCGCCUCUCAGAAGAAACACUCGGUCCUGGUGAGCGCCAUGGUGGCGGCGGCAGGCCUUUCCUGUGUGGCGGCCGUCUUCACCGCCUCCUACGCCUGUCUCACCCUCACCUACGGAGAGGAGGACGAGGAGGUUUUCUUCCACGACCACCACCCUGACGUGAGGUUUGUGCUCCACCGCAUGGUGAAGGGGGCCAACGCCACCGUGCUGCUGUGCUGCGGCGUGGGCCUGCUGCUGUCCGGCCUCAUCGCCUACACCGGCUGCCGCAGCCUGCCGCUCUGCGCCUGCUACGACUCCAGGACCGGACUGGAGACUCUGGUUCCUCAGAGUGACCCCGGGGACACGGAGAUGGUGUGCACAUAUCGAGCAGGAGGAGACGAGCGGCUCUUCAACUCCCCACCCUCCACCCACAGACGGAGCUCCCAGGAGGAGGACGGCGCUCCGUCCAGACCGCCUCCCUACGCCCGCAUGAGCUGACCCCCCCACCACACACACACACACACACACACACACACCCUGACACACCUCCUCACAUCUGCCUUUUUAUACUCAAUUGUUCAAGUUCUGUGAUUUUUAUUUAAUAAAGGUGAAUUAAACUGUG